AUGAAUCCAAUAACAUCUUUGUUGUCUACCAUUCUGUCAAUAGAAAAUGCAACAAUUGAGUACCAGAUUGCAGAAACAUUGCCUCCAUUGAAGAUCAAUAGUGAUAGCUCUAUACAAUUCUACUUGGAGUGCAAAAGAAAUGACAGAACACUCACAAAAUACCCUUUGAUAGUUUCUGUAACAGAUAACAACCAAACAAUCACCUGUGGAGCACUUCAAAAGAUGAGUUCUACUGUUGCUUCAAGUAGUAAUAAUAUAGUAAAUGAUAUUUCAGACACAUCAACAUUCUCUAUAAAUGAACCUCAAGAACUACCAAAUUUCAUUCAAUCGGUAGAUCAAAUUACAUAUUUGAUUUUGGAGAAGGAACAACAUGAAUCCAUUCCUAAACACAUCGGAACAGAAUCUACAAUUAUAACUCAUGCAAUUUCUGAUGGAAUAAGAGAAAAACAGGUCCACAAAUCUUGCAAAAAAGAAUAUCAGUUGAAGUGCCUUGAUUCAGAAUGUACGUGGUCAUUUCGUGUUGCAAGAUAUGAAAAGACAGAUAUGUUCCAAGUUAGGAAGUUCAAUCGUGCCCACACAUGUUCCUUGGACAUUAUUCUUGGAGAUCACCGCCAAGCUUCAAGUAGUAUGGUUGGGAAUGUUGUGAAGAGCAAGUUCACAGAUCCAAAAACAAAUUAUAGACCUAAAGAUAUAGCUAAGGACAUGUUGGACAGAUAUGGAGUUUCCAUGAGUUACCAAAAAGCAUGGCGAUCUAAGGAAAAAACAGUUAAUUUUGUACAUGGUUCAAGUCAAGAUUCCUACCGAGACAUUCCACGAUAUCUGCACAUUUUGAAGCACAAAAAUCUAGGUACUGUAACAGAUUUGGAAAUUGAUAGUCUAAACAGAUUCAAAUAUCUUUUUAUGGCUAUGGGACAAUCAAUUCUAGGUUGGAAACAUUGCAUUCUAGUAAUUGUUGUUGAUGGAACAUUCCUAAAAGCUCCAUUUGGCGGUACACUUCUCACAGCUUCAACACAAGAUGCAAACAGACACAUCUUCCCAUUGGCUUUUGCUAUAACAGAUUUUGAAAACAAUGAUUCAUGGGAGUGGUUCUUCAGAAAAAUAAAACAAUGUUAUGGAGAAAGAGAAGAGUUGUGUAUAGUUUCAUAUGGACAUGAAAGCAUAGAGAAUGAUAUCAAAAAUGUCUAUCCAAAUGUAACUCAUGGAGUGUGCUCCUACCAUCUUUUUUGCAACAUAAAGAUAAGGUUUAGAACAGAUGCAGAAGCAACCAAUAUCGCAUUUCAUGCUGCUGCAAAAGCUUAUAACAUGGAAGAUUUUGAAAAAUACAUGAAGACAUAG